GGGAGGGGGCAGUUCCGUGCGGCGGCGCAGAGCGGAGUCGUUUUCUCCCCUUGUAAAUUGCUAGAGGUUUUCGGGGAUUAGUAAGCCUUUUCGUUUUAGUUCCUUUCUAAAUUGUCCUACUUGCUGAGUUAGCUUUACGUCUGUCACUUGACGAACGGCACACUGUUGUCAGUCUCGGGAAGUCUGCGAUGAUUUAACCCCUGAAAGGCAGCUGAGGCAGUCCAUCUUUUCCUCUCCGUUCCACUUUCAAGCCUCUUUCUCACCUCCUAGCUUCCAUUCCUACAUUCCUCUGUUUCUUCAUUAUCCCACUCCAAACUCUCUCCCCUGCACCUUAGCAAAGUCUUGGGGAGCCUUGAGCAAGAAGUCAUUUCUUUUCCUAUCUGUGUCAUUUUGCAGGUAAAAGAGGUUCCACAUUCUGAGCACUGACCUGCGUUAUAUCCAGAAACUUUCAAAAAAACAAUGGCCAGACUGUUGCAAGCUCCACCCAAGUUUCAUCCUUCAGAAUGACACAUUGCAAACAAGAUGCAAUGUGCCAGGACAGAGUCGCAGAAAUCCAGGUCAGAGCGCACGAUAGCUGAGAGUCAGAGGCUGCUGGAUGAAAUAGAAAAGACAACUCAGAAAACUCAAAGUGAUGUCAACAAGAAAAUAGAACAGAGACAGGAAGAUGUAAAAUUCUGGAAGCAAGAAUUGGAUAAUAAACUUGAACAAAUUGUUCAUGAGACAGAGGUACUGUUGACUUUCAAGACUAGGCUGGAGAGAUCUUUGGAGAGCUGCAAAGAGCCACUCGUCAUUGUCCAAAAGUGUCUCCUGAACAGGCAGAGACGAGCUGGGAUUGACUUGGUACGUGAUGAAGUGGAACAGGAACUGGUGAAGGAAGCUGAAGUCAUCCAGGGGGUUAUUGCUUUGCUUGGACGUACGUUGGAACAAACCAACGAGCAAAUCAGACUAAACCGUUCAGCAAAAUACAACCUGGAAAUGGAUCUGAAGGACAAGUUCACAGCUUUGAUGAUUGAUGAUUACUGUGCUAGCUUGACAAACAACACUCCUGAUAUCAGAUAUGCUGAUAAUGCAGUGAAAAUAGAAGGAAAUUUUGUUAGCCCUGAAGACUGGCUAGAUUUCUCAAACAUAAGUGUUGAAAAGGCUGACAAGCAGAGAAACAAUUCUUUGGCACUGAGGGCGCUGAUUGAUGGCAUCCUCUCACAGACAGCGAAUGAUAUGCGCAAGCAGUGUGAAAUGGUGAAUCUUGCGUUUACAAACAGGCUGAAGGAAGUCAAGGAUGCCAAGCACAAGCUAGAGACGCUCCUUGCUAUGGUGAUGGAUGAGACUGCCUCCCAGGAGGAGAACAUUGCAGCCUUAAAGAAAGCAAUCGCUGAUAAAGAAGGACCCGUUAAAGUGGCUCAAACCCGCUUGGAAGCAAGAAACCAUCGCCCCAACAUGGAAUUAUGUUAUGACACAGUACAAUAUGGGCUCAUUAGUGAAGUUGAAGAGAUUACAAAAAAUAUUCAAAGAUUAAAGGACACACUGGCACAGGCUGAGACCGAGCUGAAAAGUCUGAGCCGCCAACAGCUUUCCUUGGAGGAGGAGAUCCAGGUCAAGGAGAAUACAUUGUACAUUGAUGAAGUGCUCUGCAUGCAAAUGAGAGAGUCUGUUUACAUUAACAACUUCUGAAGCUAUCAUACUAAGAGAUUGUGUGUGCUCCAAAGAGCCAGCUCCUGCUGAAAAUUUUAUUGACAAACCUCCAGAUUUACUGGUUUGGCUCAAUGCUGUCCUGGUUCUAGUUGUGCAAGGUAAAUAAAACACACCUAGUACUUACUGCUAUCUGUUUCACAACUAUCCAUGCUCUAGAAGGCCUGAUGAAGUCUCCCACUUGGCAAUAAAAUUCCAGAAUAAGAAGA